AUUUGGUUACUACGACAACUGGCGCUUGCGUGUGUUUAAAAAUGAGCAGUAAUAGGGUCGUACGUAAAAAGCCUGGUAUUAAGAAGAUAAAGAAAGAGAAAGAAAACCAAUUUUUCCUGACUGAUGAUAAUGGAAACAUCAUACCAGGAAUAUACAGAACACCGGUCGGAGAAGUUAAAAUUAAGAAGAUUGAAGCAUCAGGAAUUUGCGAUAUCGUUUCACUCGCGCGUUCAAUGAACGAUAAUUUUGCAUCGAGGACUAAAGAGUUAUUUACUCCAGAGGUGGAGGCUGUUAAAGAAGCUAUCAAAACAGGCGUAUAUGUUGCAUGGAGACCAAUAGAUAAACCUUGGAACCAACAGGAUUGUCAGCGUGUGUGUUCUAAUUCUCGCUGUUUUUGUGGACACUCAUUAAAUCAACAUGAAGCAUUUUCUGUGAAUAAAGCAUCAUCAAAGUGUAGUCAGACUGGGUGCUCAUGCAAAGGAUUCAAGUUUGUUCCCAGUAGACCAGAAGAAGUUGGUGAGUUUUGGUUGACUAGACGCAGUGAUUUUGAUCGUAAUUCUUAUCGUGUUAAAUGCAAGUGUAAGCAUACUCAUGAAGAACAUGCUGCUGAUUUAGUUCCUUAUCGAUGUAAAGUUAAAAGAUGCAACUGUUCAGGAUUUUCAUCAGCUUUCCUUUGCGCUGCAUGUGACAAGCACUGGCAUGAGCAUCAAACAGUUUUCGAAACUGAAAUGGAACGUAAAGCUGAAGGACGUCCAGUUGGUGAAGGAUGGAUUCCGUUUGCUGAAUUACCAGAAUUAGCUAAAAUUGCACUGACUGGUGUAGACAAUCCAAAUAUUCAAACAUUAGCUGAUGCUUUGCCAGUAAGUUCUCGUCAAAGUCUUCUAGAAAAACAAACUUCACCUGCUAUCUGUGGAUCGAAAGAUUAAAAUAUCUGCAAUAAUUCUAAAGUAAAUUUUGUUUGAAUAAAUUUCUCAACUGUUUCUAUACUACUUACUAUAUUGGUUUUCAGUAACAUUUGCAAAUGAAUAUCUAUACACAUAUAUUUAAUUCGUUAUAUGGUUUCAAUACUCAUUGCUUUCAUUUUCCUCUUCAUUGAUGUUGUCCUUAUUAUUCUUUCCUUACAAUCAUUUGAAUUGAUACACUUCCUUGUCAUCAUUAUUUCUCCAUUAUAUCCAUUGAUGUGAUACACAAUUUUUAAAGUAUAUUUUCUAUUCAAGAUUGACUGAAACAAAUUAAUAACUUAUUUAAAAGAACUUAAUAAAGUGGAAAGUAUCAACGUUUGUGAAAAAUGAAUGGCUGUAUAAAGUCAUGAGUUGUAGUAUAUUAGAACAUAUCACCUAUUCAGUCCUCUUUCUGCUUUUUCAUGGUUAAGUUAAUUUUCUGAUAGAAAACUAGUUCCGAAGAAUUUUUUUGUUGUCUUGCUUAUUUUAAUUUGUACUUUUUCACGUACUUUUUUUUUGCAAAGAUUCUUCUUAAUUUUUAUGAUUUUUUUAAGUGGAUUAUUUAUUUUUUGGAUUUUCUUCAAGCUGUGAUUUUCAUUAUUUUUUUUUCAGAAUAAAAGAUGAUCUAAUCAUCAUUUAUUUUUUUUCAGGACUUUUAAUUUACCUACCGUAAAAAAAUAAGGUAGACUUAAUGUUUUUUUUAAAAGUUAUUGUCUCUGAUCGUCAUAGUUUCAUUUUUUAUUUAGACUACUAUUGUAGUGUGGUCUACUUAUAUCCAUAUCAGUAGUAUAUAGUGAUGGUCAGACAUAGAAUGUAU